AUGUCACUACCGCCAUCUUCACAGGUCGCUGUGCCAAUUCCGAGCUCACAAAUGGUUGGAACACCUGAGCCAGCAAAAAAGCUCAAGAAAUAUCGACCAGUAAAGCCACUACCAUUUGAGCUUCGAGAUAUCAUCAAUGUCUAUAUUGAAGAAAAGCUUUUCUCACAAGCUCUUCCAUUACUGUUGAACACACUCAUCGCAGGCACUGAUGGCACUGUCGAUGGAGAAACCUUACCCACUUAUGUGCCAUCUCCUCAGGUACUAGCAGUCGUUGCCACCUUAGCUGUACAUCCUAUCUGGACAAACCGAGCCACAGAACCGGAUAGUGUAAAGACAGCUAACGAUGCACUAUUCUUCCUCAAACAUGUCAAUUCGAUUGUUGGUGCUGCCAACGCCAACUUCACCUCAGCCUUCAAGUUUCUGGACAAGUUUGACUCUCGGGACAGGCGACGACGUACUGGAGAUCACGCUGUCGGCACAGAAGAUGAACACAAGUUCUCGAUCAACAUAGCUAACAAAGGUGCACUUUGGAAUCUUGCCGAGGACUUUUGGGCUGUGAUUGGAUGGGCUUUCAACUGUUCAUGUCAGUACCCAAAGCGAUGGGAGAGGUGGAGAUCUUGGCUCAAUUUUAUGCUCGACGUGCUUGAAGAUGAUCUAUGCGAACGAAUCUCAGGUGCCGAACCCCUCAGAGACAAUGACAAGGAAGCAGCAGCCAAUACCUUGCUAUCGGAGAGUCUGAUUGCGCAGUACUGUCUUACGGCAGGUGACGGUAGAGCCGGCAAAAGAAGAGUCAUGAGAGCGAUUCUCGCCAACGGUUGCAAGAAAGACUUGGAUGAGUUUCGUGAGAUCUGGAAGAACGAGACCAAACCACCUAAAGAGAAGAAAGCGGAAGAACGAAUGCCGAGGAAAACGAUAGAUUUCGACAAGGAAGAAUACGCUGAUUACAUGGACAUGGAUGAAUCUGAAGAAGAGGAAGAUGAUCUGCCCUCAUCGCCUAAAGCAACAAACUCGACACGUCAGUCGCGUAAGAGAGGACGGCCAUCUUCGUCUACACCAGAUCCGGAUGUGGACAAUGAGUAUAGCGCAUCUUCAGAUUAUGGUGGAUACGAAGCCGUACGACUGCGUCAGCGCUUGAUCGCUCUGCUCACGCAAAUCUCGCUCCACUACGAACAUGCCUUUAUGGAAGUCGAAGACUGUUUCGACCUAGUAACAGAGUUCCUCCGCCCUCUGCCAUUGGACAUCUUUAUGCUGUUCGUCUCACCACCAACCCCCUGGCUAGAGCCCCAUUCACACGCUUUACUCUGCCAAAAUCUGCUUCGCCCAAUCAUUUCCUCAGAAGCGCCUAUCUAUCAUGCCGACACCAUGUCACAGAUCCAGUUCGAAAAACACUUUUUGCCUUACUCUGCAAACUACACCAACUAUGUCGAGAACGCACGAGUCAGUCUGCUGGUAGAAGCCUUGUUGAGAUUGUUGUUCAAACACUCUGCACUGACUGUUAACAACAGUCUAAAGAAAAAGCUGGAUGAAGGAAUCAAGGCCAGAGAAGCAAAGGCAAAGUUCGGCGUGAGGAAGUUGGUAGGCGUCAAGGAAGCCGAAGAAGAGAAAGCUGUCAAGAUUCUGGCGAACAGUGCGAUGAGGAUGAAAAUGGUGGUGCAGGUUGCCACUGCUCAACAGCAGUAG